UGAAACAUCUAUAAAUACCCCUUAAUGAAUCAUGAUUUUGAAAAGGAAAAAAAAACCCAGUCCUUAGUCCUUAGAGUUUAAGUUAAUUUAUUAUGACAAUGCCGACAGUUUUAAAAUUCAGUCUCCUAUAUUUGGCUCUCCUCCUCAUCUCUCACCUGACCUCCACUACCGCUACCGACUUUCCACCCUGUAAUCCCGACGAUAAAGCCGUCCUUUUAAAAGUCCGAGAUCAUUUCGGCGGCCCUAACGGCCGUCUUUCUGACUGGGAAAACGAUACAGAUUGUUGUUCAGAAUGGAGUUUCGUUGGGUGCGGCAUGAACAGCGGUCGUGAAUACGGACGUAUCAACACCGUCACCUUUAGUCGCUCAUGGGGUCUUUCUGGGACCAUUCCUUCAGACUUGGGUGACUUGCCUUUCCUCAGCUUCUUCAUUUUAGCAGACAACAUCAAUGUCACCGGAACUAUCCCUAAGUCACUUGGCAAGCUUAAGAACCUCUAUCAUCUCGAACUUGACACCAACAGUUUAACAGGGCCAAUUCCAAAUGAGCUGUUUAAGUUAAAGAAGCUAAAGGUAGUUGAUCUCUCCGGGAAUCAACUAUCAGGGGCUAUUCCACCGUCUGUGUCUUCAUUAUCGUCUCUCUCGGAGUUCAACGUCAACCACAACAAGCUCUCCGGUUCCAUACCUCCGCUGCCAAAGAGCUUGAAAAAAGUUGAUCUGAGCUACAACCAGCUUUGCGGCCCCAUUCCUAGUGGGUUAAAGGGGUUUAGUCCAGCAAGUUUUAAAAACAAUAAGUGCCUUUGUGGUCCUCCUUUGGUUGCACAAGGUUGUAAGUAAAUUAUUUUAUCUUGGGAACUUCACUAUUACUGUUAAAUGUUCUACUCUAAGCAAAUAAAGUGAAGCCCUGAUUUUUCAUUUUAGGUAUUCAAAUCUAAUCAACUCUAUGGAAAUAUAAAAUAGUUUCAUUUCAGUAAUCGAACAAACUCGAUCUUCUUUCA